UAGUAUUUUUUGAUUGCAUUUUGCAAAUAUUUUUUUGAAAAUUAGAUCGCUAGACAUUGGCCGUCUCUUAUUACAUAACAUGUAUAUGCAUUUAAAUUUGCUGCUGUGGAAAUUAUGUUUCUCUUUCUCAGAGGUGGUUAAGCAUUACUUCGAUUAAAACGAAACAAUAGUGAAACUCAUUUGACGAUAGCUAAUACAAUGUCAUCUCUCAAAGACUGGGAUAUCCUCAAACUGAACACAUUAAUAACAAAUGUAGAUACCAAAUUAUCUGCCAGCACAAAAGCAGACCAAGAUUUUCAAAUUCUAUGCUUAGUUAGGCGGAACGACCAAAUCUUGUUCCGAUAUAUUGACAGUCUAGGUAAAUUGCAUCUUAUGCUAAUAUGUUGGUUCGCAGAAAAUUGUAAAACAAUACAAGAUGUAUGCUUCGAUACUACUGGCAACUGGCUGUUGGUUUUUUGCUACGACAAUACGCUACAUAUAGUUCCUGCUCUAUCCAUUUGUGAUAAAUCAAAACACGAAGAUGGAACAUUCAACCAGCAUGAAAUUACAUCGUUUAUUGUACCUUUCAUUGGACCACACGAGUGUCCCAAUCCUCAAACAUGCCCUAAUAACUCGCACAAUAUUUCCGCAGUGGCUUCUCAAAGAUCCUCAAUUGUUUCUGAGGGCAGCAGUAAAUCCAGCAUGAGCCUGGACAUGGGAAACAGUUCCGUGGUAACUCAACAAGAAAUGAAGCGAUCGGAAUCCAUCUAUACAACACAUAAAAUAGAUGAAAUCUAUUCGUUACAUAGUAUCUACAGUCAACUAUGCAGUAAUGAUCAAUCAGAGAUUCCGACGGAUUCGGUAACACCGAUUGCCAUGAAAACUAUUGAAAAUUUUUUUGCCGAAGGGGUAACUAAAGAGAACAUUGAAGUAAAGCAGCCUAGUUCGCAAGAAAGUGGUGACAGUAGAACAAUCAGUUCCAGUAUUGGAUCGACUCCCUCAGUUUCCUGUCCAUAUCCUACUUGCUGUAGCUGGUGGAAAACUUUGAAUGAUGAGCCACGAGCAAUUUUAGGUUACUCUGACGGGUCAAUUUGUGUUGUAGCUUUGACACCGAACUGUCCGUUUCUAGGCAAUACCAAUUGCGAACGUGGUUCUAUCGUAAAAUUGAUUAUCUGUCAAGACAAUACAAUGGAAACAAUUAGCUUGAUGAUAAACACAUCAACCAGAGAACAAUGGAAGUUGUUGCUUGAACAAAAAUCUAUAAAGUACACUUUUCCUGGGGAUAUCUCACCAACAUCCAGUCAAGACUUGAAAACGGAAUUGAUUAAAUCACUAGGAGACUUGGAAAAACCAGGCUCUGGAGCCAUAGAAGAUUGGCAGAUAGUACUCUCGUUACCCACACAAAAUGAUACGCAAGAUCAAGGAGAAAAAAGUUCUAGUCCAAGUGGAUCCGAGCCACAAUCAAGCGAUGAUUUUGAAAAAAUUGAAGGAGAAGGAUCAAUUGACGAUGGAAAAAUCGAAACAAAAACGCAACAGGGAGCUCUUCCCAAAUUGUUUCCAGCUGCGAAAGCUAGACUUUUGUCGUUAAGGGACUUGGGAGCUAAAAAGAUUGGCACAUUGAAGCUGAAACUUUCGGAGAGCCGUAUUAAAGCCAAAGAAAAAGAAAGAAUCAAAGAACAAGCAGCGAAUCUAGCUGUGAUGGAACUUCCCGGAAUGUAUCCGGAAAUUUUAACAACCCCUGCUGGUCCCUACUUCGUAGUACAAUACCUUGAUGGGAAAUACCUACUCAGUGCACUACAUUCGUAUUCCGAUACGCUGUCGGUUCACAGUAUGGAUAUUAGCUUGAUUCCGCUGCACAUCUAUAAGGUUCCCAAGCGGGUUAAAACAACUGUCCUGACUAAGAACGUUAUUUUUAUAAUGCAUGAAUUAGUUCAAGCCUCAGAAAGAUCAACGGAUAGUACAAAUUCAUCUCCAUAUGCAGGUGAUCAAGCUACAGUAGAUGAUAUUUCAGCACAGUCAAGACGUGAUACUGAGAGUAGCAUUGAGAAUCUUGGAAGCAGCUAUAGUCAAACCCAAGCCGAAGACGAAGAUGAGACAAGCGAUUCUACCAAUACGGAUACAGUCAAAGCUGUUUCGGUGCUUAGUUGCCAAAUGGCAGCAAUGAAAAUGGGCGAUGAUUGCGAUUUUAAUGAACAUGCAAUGCUAGCGAUGUUUCCUUUCCCCGAUGAAACAAUAUUAGACAUUCAUCAGGUUAGCACACUAGGAACCAAUGAAUUGAACGAAGUAGAAGAAUCGAAAGCAUUUGCACAAGAUGAUUCAAUUGAUACGCGAUCUAUAUUUCAAAAGUCAAGUGUUUCUAACUAUCUUAAAAUGCAGAGAAGCCUAAGAAUGGACAAAAAAUUGGAAACUACAGAGAGUCAAGUUAUGGUUGGUGAAUUUCCUGAUGUCGAUUUUGAUAUGGCGGUUAUUGUAACAGACAAGAAUUUGUACUCGAUUGAACUCAGUGAUACGGCUAGAAAUAUUUUUCUGAAGUUAGCUCACAAGUCAAUUUGGGCUGCUUGUGAAGAUUUUUGUCUUACCUUUGGACUGUCGCUCCCAACCUGUAUAGAGUACGCAGGAGAUGUUCUGCUAAAACGAAGAAAAAUCACGGAGGCCUUGAUGACCUACAACAUAGCUCGGUUAUCUCCAAUGAAAACAGCACUUAAAUUAGCGAUGGCUAAUGAGAACGGGGCGCUGAUGAAGUUAUGUUCAAUGGCGUUGCGUAAUUCACACAUUAUCAACAGCCAGUUUGUUAUGCAUGAUGUUAUGAGAAUUCUUGUCGAUGAAGCACAUCUUGGUAAUGUAGUCUAUGAUUCGUUGAUGAAUUUAAAUGCCAAAAUUUCGCUUAAACCAAUUAACGUAGGUGCACAAUGCAGUGAUUACUCUUACGAUAAUGACGAUGUUCCAUGGGACGUUCAGAUUUCUACUACGGCUCAGUUUCAUCUAUCCAACUUGAUGCUUCUGACGUUAUGCGAACGAUGCGUGCAGGACAAAAAUUAUAUUCCACUAUGGAAUUUUCUAGUGACUAAUAGUAAAUAUCACACUAGUCUGGCAUGUAUAGUGCUUGCUCAUGGCAAAUUAUACUCCUCGGCUGUACUAUUAGCUAUGAUACGAGGAACCUGCUUGGACGUAUUCAGCUGUCUAAUAGGCAUCUGGGACCAGCUGUGCGAUAAUGUGCAAGAACUUAAUGCAUAUGCUUACAAUCUCGCAAACGAGCUGUUUAUGGAGGGCCUGAUAUAUCUACAAGAUUAUGCACUCGAGUAUUUUGACCUAAUCCGCAAGAGUAUUGACAAAUUUGAUAUCAACGUUUUGGAACGAUUGAUUCGCCAACUCAAUCCCUUUCAUCCAGUCUUUCGACCGCUAAUGCAUAAACUGUCGAAUCACGAUAGUUCUAGCAAAGAGUUGGACAAACAUUUACUCAUGUUUUGUAAAUCGUUGAUAGAGUCUUUUCUAGCAGUAUCCAUUCGUGCCCAAAUGCUUAAGAUGCACAGCGGGAGUUUCCUUAGUGCACUCAAACUGAUACGGGUUCAUUAUGGCGAGAAAUUGGUUGAAAUGCGUUUGCAGCAGUAUUCUCCUAUCUCGGCCGGAUUCUCACAUGCCGGUUGCGUGAUCAACAGAGUGACAUAUCUGUGGGGCUCGAAUGGAGUCAACUGUGCGCUUAGCAGAACGUCACUUCUAGGCGAUCCGUUGUCCGUCAAUGGAUGUCCGCCCAAUGUGUCUUUUAUUAAACAGCUGGAUUUGGAUGUUUUAGCCGUGCAGUGCGGGAGACUUCACACGUUGCUGCUGACUAGUAAUGGGGUCUACUCGAUGGGAGCCAACAAUUUGGGCCAGCUGGGCAUCGGAUGUCACGUGCUCAAUGCGCUUCAACCGAUGUUGGUGCAAAAGCUAGACGGCAAAAACAUUACGCAUUUUUGCGCUGGUCAAUAUCAUAAUGCUGUUGUGGCCGAUGGACUUCUCUAUACUUGGGGAUGGGGUAUUUUUGGACAACUCGGACAUGGUUCCGUUGCAGAUUUUCCAGAGCCAAAGGUUGUGGAUUUUUUCAGAAAAAAGAAUAUUCAACAAAUUUCUCUUGGACAUGCACAUACUCUGGUUUUAUGCAAGCGAAAUAGCAAUACUAAGAACGUGCUGUACGUAUUCGGAUCCAAUCAUUAUGGUCAAUUAGGCUUAGGCCAGGAGGACAAAUUUAACACUGCUGUUGACACACGUAAUGGAAAAUCGUUCGUACUAUCGUUAAUCCCUCGACGUGUUGAAUUUUCAGAAGAAAUCGCCUUGAUCAAUACGAAGCUUUUUGCUAAUCUGGUACUAACUACCAAUAAUAAACUGUACACCUGGGGUGCAUCCCCGCAAGCACUAAGAUUGGCGACGCAAGCUCGUAAACGAGCAAAACCUUCGCACAAGAGUCGCUUUUCGGCUCAUGCCAGCCAAUCAGGAACACCAAGCGCACCCGAAACCAAAGUCAAUCAAGAAUCCUCCAUUACAUCGCCUACUAGUCAAAUGGAACAAACAACUGAAAAUCCAUGUAAUGAUUCAACCUUGCCCUGUGAUGACGAACAACAACCUAAAUCCGAUGCAACCGAUGUUCCAACAAAUAUAGCUGAAAAAACUGAUGAAAAACAAUUCUCAAUGCUGAUACCAGAAAUCAAAAUUGAAGAUACGAGUGGAGAUCCUAAAUCAAGUGUAUCGAAUGACGAGAAACAACCUUUACCCACUGCUGCUGAAGAUUAUGCCGAACAUCUGUUUCCUAAUUUAGUUGAUACUACACUAGUAUUGGAUGACAUUGUCAAGAUUUCGAGCGGUUUGUAUCAUUUUGCUUUGAUAACGGCCAAGUCCUAUUUGUAUACUUGGGGCAAAAACAUCGAACGCCAACUGGGUCGUGAAGGUGGCCGUAACGAGGUACUUAUUCCAACCAAAUUGGAUUCAGUGGCAAACGAUGUUGAGUUUGUGGAAUGUGGUGCUGACUUUACUCUCGUAAUGACAAGUAGUGGCAUUGUCAAAUCGUGGGGAAAUAACAAUAUGGGUCAAUGUGCAAAGGAAAUCAACCAGGAGCGAAGCGGUGGUGUUCCGGGAAAACUAGUAAGACUACCUAUUUCCAACAGAUUAGUUCGCAUUCCGGAUAGUUCACAGUUUAUUGAGUUGCCCCACGAAAUUAAACUACCUCUGGAAGAUGACAUGAUCGUAACUGUAAACGGUAGUAUCAGCAUGCGAAUGAUAAAGGCAAUGCCAAAGUUUAGGCGUAAUUUUGUGAUAAAAAGCACUCUGGAAAAGGUAAUUAGUAAUAAUAUUUCAACAAUAAGUUCAAGCCUGAAUGAUAUUAGCAACGUUACUGAAAUGGAAGAUUUUGUCGGUGAACUGAAGACAGCGUUUGAUUGUCGAAUUCAACAUCAGAAUGCAAGUGCUAUGUCCUCACUUCAAUCUGUAUCAUAUGCUACAUCACCGACUUCUCUAACUGUUGUUGAUGAAGACGAGGAUGAUGACGCCAUGGACGACAAUGAUCCAGAAGAGACGGGUUGCUCCAUUACUUCAUCUCAUUUGUUCAACGAUCGAUAUCUUAUGACCAAUGAUUUCAUACACUUUUGCAUGUAUAUAUUCCACGGGUUGUACAGUCAAGAAAACAUACUUGAAAUGACUAACCGCUGCAAUGAGUACCACAUACGCAUGAUGGUGUUAAAUUAUGACUUUGUGGAAGCUUUUCAUUUAAUUCUAGAACUCUUGUCAGGAUCACUCUCAUCGUCUGCGUCGCCAAUGUCUGUAACCAAAACGACUAUGAAUGUAGUUAAAAUAUUCGAAUAUUUCACCAAGGACUCUAACAUCGUCCCAAUGGACACUGCCAAUUUCAAGUAUUUUAUCUAUGAACUAUUCAUGUUUUUCAUCAAACACAAUAUUUCACUAGAAAUGCUCGAAGAUUAUUUUUUGCGCAAUGUAGAUUACUAUCUGGUGCAGCUUGCAUUCGUACUGUACUUCAGUAAUACCAACAACUUGAUAGCUGGAGCCGUGCGAAGUGAUGCUGAUCGUGAAACGCUCGAACUGGAAAGAAAGUUACUAGAUAAAUUCAAUAACAAUGGCAAUAAUCUACUCACCGAAGCCACUUUCGGUAGCAGUAACGGACAGUUUUCGAUGAAUGCAAAAGUAGUACGCAAGCUGGAAAACACCGAUCGUAUAAGCAAAGCCCUUUCUACAAAAUUUAGUGUGACCCUAUGUCAGAAACUGAUCGAACACUUUGAACGCUUUAAAUGACUACAGUCAUGUUUAGAACGAUCGCGGUAAAUACUAUUGUUAGUUGGCUUUUUUGCGUCAAAGCCAAAUAUGAUUGUAAAAUUUUGUUUUAUGUAACGUGUGAAAGUUUAGUUUUUACCCUUUUAUUUAUAUAUCAAAAAUAUUUAUCGCAAUUAAAGACUAUUAUGUGCGUUACUUGCACAGUAAUCCCAUGUUGUAGAUAUUUAGGCGAUUAUUUAUUAGACUGCUUGGGUCAUUUUUGUGGCACCUGGAAGGAAAAAAAAAUCUUACGAUAAUUUUUCCUAUUAAAUCAUACACAUCAUAUAUUGAAUACGUUUUCGUACCUUCAGUAAAAUUUCUUACAUGCUAUUUCAAGACUGAGAAAGUAGCACAUCAUCGGUUCUAAAACAUGAAUAUUAAUCGUACAAUGUAGAUUCUUAUAUCAAGAGUGUGUUAGCGAGAACAAGUAUGCGAACAAAUGAUUUGGCAAUUUUACUUCACUUGCAGUUAUGUUCAUCACUAACUGAAGCAAAUUGAAACAAAGCAAUAGGUUACUUGAUAUUUCGUGAUGUAACAUGUUUUUUCUAUACACAGCAUAUUGAACAGUAUCUCAUUCUUACUCAAGUAGUACAUAUAAACUAGAUAAUUAUUGCCGUGUUUCAUUGACUUUUAUAUGUAGAGGAUGAAAGCGAAACUGCAAAUCUAUGAAUUUUACAAAGACUCGCAAACUAACUAUCUUCCGAUAAUAAUCGAUUCACUAGUUAUCGCAUAUCUAUACCCUGUGUCGAAAAGUUUCGAUACCUAUCACCUUUAUUCUACAUUUGUAUCAGAACAGGAUUUGAACGAAUUUAAAAAUGAUAAAAGUGAUCUCGUUCAUACUCAUUAUUUAUCGGAUUUAUACAAUCUUCCACCAUCAAAAAAUUUAAAGAAAAUGUUCCACAACACGACAAUAAAUUUCUUCUGCAACCCGUUCUUUAAUGUUGAAUAGACCAAAAUUAAACUCUCACUGUUCAAGAAAUAUCGAGCCGUAUAAUUACUACGAUCAGCAGAGGAUAGAUAGAUCGAUCAUUCAUUCGAGACAUAGUUUGUACUAAUUCACGGAGAACGGGUUAAUAUCUGUUCGUCUUUUUCACUCGAGUAAUAAUUUUGUAAACGCUGAAACGUGUUACUUGAAUAAGUGAGUAAGCUUCUCAGUUACCGUGAUCAAGCGAAUUGUCUUAAAGUAGUUUAUUGACCAAGUCAUUAGGAUUAAAAUUUACUCACAUACGGAUAAAUACAAUAUGGAAUAGCAGCUUACAGCUUUUGAACGACACAUGCGUGGUUCAGUAAAUCACAGAAUACAUAUGAUAUCGAAAAUAAUCAAUCUGAAAGGAUAUUAUUGAAAAGUCCUUCGAAUGUUAAUGUUAGCUAAGUCAACAAAGCAAAAAAUUUUUGAGCUAUUUUUUCCCAACUAUUGUUAUUCAUAUUUUAGUUUUACCAGUCAAAGGAUUGUUCAAUAAACGUAAACAUUAUUUCAAUAAA